AUGCUGCCCCCGGCCCUGCUCCGCCGGGCGCCUCGCCGCCGCGCCCGCCUGGCCCGGGCCCGGGCCGGCCCUCAGGCACUCCUUGCUACAGGGCCCAGACAAGAUACCAGCAUUUUCUACGAAAUUCGCACAUAUGAUAUUAAGCCAUCGAAGAUGAAGGAGUUUUUGGAAAUGGUCAACAAGUACAUUCACUUUCGCACAGCUCACUCAGAGCUGGUGGGAUUCUGGUACUCGGAGCUGGGAGCGAUGAAUAAGGUGUUCCACAUUUGGAAGUACGAUAAUUUUGCCCAUAGAACAGCAGUCCGGCAAGCACUAGCCAGUGACAAAGACUGGCAGGGAAAAUUUAUGUCUGCAGCCCUCCCCUUGAUGGAGAAGCAGCACAAUGAGGUCGCUUAUCUGGUACCUUGGUGUCAACUUGGAAAGCCUCCAAAAGAGGGGGGGGUGUAUGAAUGGGUUACUUUCCAGAUGAAGCCUGGUGGGCCAGCAUUGUGGGGUGAAGCAUUUCGAGCUGCAAUCAAUGCUCACAUCAACACAGGCUAUACCAAGCUGAUUGGUGUUUUCCAUACAGAAUAUGGAUUACUUAACAGAGUCCAUGUGUUGUGGUGGAAUGAGAGCGCAGAUAACCGGGCAGCGGGAAGACACAGAGCCCAUGAAGAUGCCAGAGUCGUAGCAGCUGUGCGCGACAGCGUCAGGUUCUUGGAGUCCCAGCAAAAUGCACUCCUGAUUCCUCUGCAGUGCUCACCGCUGAAAUAACCUUCUUCUGAAGGGUGUAACUGAUGGCAAAAGAGACAAGGUGGAAGUGCUGUCAGCAAGUGACAUGGAUCCCCAUACCCAGUGAACUGAGCUGUUCUUCAGUUGACCAGAAAUGGAUGCAAAAUGCUGAUCACUAGCAGUGUAAAUCAGCAUGCUGCUAUCAGUUGUUAAAAAGAAGUUUAUGAUGUUGUUCCUACGUCUCCAGGAAAGAGAACUUGAGCCGUAUCACACGUGACAUGAACCACACUUCACCAGUCUUUAAUUUUAACCCCUAAGUUCUUAAUACUUUUUCAAAUAGCUAGAUCCCUUAUCAAACCUACUAAGUUAAGUGUUCUUUUCCAACACUGUAGUCAGGGGUGGUAUCACUUUGCUAACAUAUUUUGGUGCCUCUUAUAAUUAUCACAUCGUGGUUAUUCCAUACUGGUUUAAGAAGGAAUGCUCCCACAUAUACCUUACCCAGUUAAGUUUUAAUCAGACCUCUCAUUGGGAUACUCUAUUAAUUCUGAGCAAAGUAAAACAUCAACGUAGCUGGACUUGCACUUGGGUGCUACAGUGGAGCUGGUCAGGUGGUGUGGAGCACCCUCUUCUGCAAUUUAUAGGUACUAACUAUAAACUGCAGAGCACUUGGGAGUCUGUUCCAGACGUUCAUCACAGACCUGCAACGAGCAAUUGAUUUAAUAUCUCUUCUGAGGUAUCUUUGUGCAGUUCGCCUAAUGAUUAUUGCUUGCUUAAAGUGCAUUAAGACCUCACAGAAAGCACUAUAAAACAGCCAUAGGCAAUUAUGCUUAUGUCCAGAGUACAACUUACAUCUCUGUAAUGAAAAUUCAGAGACAGGUACUUGAGUUGGGAUUUAAACAUCCAGAGAAAUUUGUUAUGCUCUGCAGCUGGAUUUGACAAAUAAACCAAACACUGUUUUCAUGA